AUCUUUCCUUGCAUCCCCUCGUCUACAACGAACUGAUCAUGCACUCCAUUCUUGUUUUGGGUACUUUGGCUCUCGCCGGUGCUGCUAUGGCCGCUGAAAACUGCAACCCUACUUACCAAGUGCAAUCCGCCGGUCAGUGCACCAGUGACUGUAACCAGAAAGCUGGUCAGGGUCUCUGGUCUGACUGGACUUCCGAUCCCAGCUCUCCCAAUUUCAUCAAGUCUCUCAGCUUUAACUGUGCCAAGGGUACUCCCGAGUACACCAGCUUCAUGACCUCGGCCGGUUCCUGCAUGAUGAAGUGCGACAAGGCCGAACAGGACAAGUACUUUGCUGAAUUCGGUCAAACCUGCUCUUGGUAUCAACAACACAAGGACGAUGCCUGUGGUGCCGUGACUGGUGGUGGCAACUCCAACUCUACCAGCAGCACCGAUGGCGCUGCUAAGCCUGAUGCUAGCAAGACCGGUGGCGAUGCUAAGCCUGAUGCCAGCAAGACUGAUGCUCCCAAGGAUGAUGCCGCCAAGCCUUCCACCACUCAAGGCUCCGCUGCUGGCAAGCUCCAAAUCGGUGGUUUGUUCGCCGUCGCUGCUGUUGGCGCCUCUCUCCUCCUCAACUAAAUAUAAAAAAAAACUUACCAAAGGGAAAGGCAAAUUACCCAUUUCCCUCGGUAGAGCGCAAUGGCUGUGCCAUUACCAUUCUAGUUAAUGUUCAUCCAAUUCCAUAAACUACAUUUAAUCCUAAAUAAAAAGGUCUAAUUGAUAUCCAUGGUUGAUCCGCCGUGAAUACCU